CCUUGAUUUUUCUCGGAAAUCAAAGUCCGAUUCCCGACAAAAAGCAAAGAGAAGAGAGAGAAAAUGAAUUCUCGGGAAUUGUCAGCUUUACUCUCUACGCUAAUCUCUGAACUUCUUCUCAUUCUUCUUCUUUUUCCUUCCUCAAAUCCCUUUUCCAUCGCUGAUUCCUCUUCCACUUCCACUUCCAGUUUCUGCGGAAACCUUUUCCCACUCAUUCACUGUUUUCUUUCCACCGCAGAAAUCGCCACUACUUUCUCUUUCCUCUCCGUUCCCAGAAAACGGAAGCGUACCCAUUUCUCAGAAUCCGAUUCCACCGACGAAGACAACGGCGCCGGAGCGGGAGUCGAUGAACUCGACCGAGUCCACUCAGUUAUGCCACAAAACCCUGAUUCGUUCAAGUUAUGCUUCAAAAUGACCUCUUCGACCUUCGAGUGGCUCUCUGGUCUUCUGGAACCUCUGCUAGAGUGUCGUGACCCGAUUGACUCGCCCCUCAACCUCUCGGCCGAAACCCGACUCGGUAUUGGCCUUUUCCGACUUGCAACUGGCGCCGAUUUCCCGGAAAUCUCUAGCCGAUUUCAGGUCUCUGAAUCUAUCACUAAAUUCUGUGUUAAGCAAUUGUGCCGUGUACUUUGCACUAAUUUCAGGUUCUGGGUCGGUUUUCCAAGCCCAAACGAGCUGGAAACCGUGUCAACUCAGUUUGAAAACCUCACCGGCAUGCCCAAUUGCUGUGGAAUUAUCGAUUGCGCUAGGUUUAGUGUCAUUAGAUAUGAUGGGUCUAAGUCAAUUUCCGAGGAUAAGUUUCAAGAAGAAAGUAUAGCUGCUCAAAUUAUAGUCGAUUCAUCUUCGAGAAUUCUAAGUAUAAUUGCUGGUUUUCGCGGUGACAAGGGCGAUUCACGGAUUCUGAAGUCAUCUACAUUGUAUAAAGAUAUUCAAGGAGGGAUGGUAUUGAAUUCGGAGCCAAUAUGUGUUGAUGGUGUGGAUAUACCUCAGUAUUUGGUUGGUGAUGGUGGUUACCCUUUACUUCCUUGGUUAGUUGUUCCAUUUGUGGAUCCGAAGGCUGGCUCAUUUGAAGAGAAUUUCAAUAAUGCUCAUCAUUUGAUGCGCCUUCCGGCGAUCAAAACCAUUGCUAGCUUGAAGAAGUGGGGUGUUUUGAGUAGGCCGAUUGAGGUGGAGUUUAAGACUGCAGUGGCUUAUAUUGGUGCCUGUUCUAUACUUCAUAAUGUGCUGCUUAUGAGGGAAGAUUACUCGGCUUUGUGUGAUGAAUUGGGUGAUUAUUCAUUGCAUGAUCAGAACUCUCAGUUUUAUAGGGAUGCUAGUUUGGAAGAGAGUUCUAUUGAGAAGAAGGCGUCCGAAAUAAGAAGUGUUUUGGCCACGAGAGCAAGAGAGUUUGAUACAUCAGAUCAUCCUAUGGACCCAGGUAGUUAGGCUCAAGUGCAACAGCACUAGCGGUUGCUUGUUGAAGAAUCGGAGAUUUGGCAGAAAUCACUUUGCUGCUUAACAAUUUUGAGAUAGGUAACUAAACAUUUUUUGAUGACCUUAAGCAUCUGUAGAUAUUUUCUGGCAAUAAUACAAUUAUGUCAAUGCUUAGUUGUUUGUUUGAUUUUUCGAAGAUUUAUUGAUCUUCUUUUAUGAUUCAAUGGCAGCAUAAGGUUUUUUUUGCUAUCCACAAUGUCAAAAUUACAUGUUUGGGGUUGUCUGAUGUAUGAAGG